AUGGCAACAGAAUGGCAGACGUGGCGCAACCAGAUCCCUACGGAGAUUGAAAAAGGCACACCCGAGGCCCAGAAGCCUUCAAUCUUCGGAACGCCCCCCAGACGCGGUCGCGGAACAGGUCGAGGACGAGCAAGGUCACGGCGGGUCCCAAAAGCCAGAUCCUCAGACAGCUCAACAUCAGAGCUUCUUCCAAUACCGUAUAGGCGGAUACAAGAUGACCAAGAGAAGCCGAUAUUUCGGGACGCGGACCACAACAGAGAGGGUCUCGCAGGGAUGAUUGGCGUGACGAAGGAAGAGUGGGAUCAGGGUCUGCGGACGCCACUUUACGCGCCGCCCAGCGACUGGAUGAGGCUACGAGUUCUUCAGAUGGAGAGUGAGAUGGCGCGGAGGCACUUCUGGGUGGAGGAAGUAGAUGGUUACGGGGCGCGUCGAGCGGAGGAGGUGGAGCUGGGGAGGAGAGUUCAUGAGGAUAUAAUGAAGGUGGGGUGGGCGGCAUUUAAUGCGAGAUGGAAGAGGGAGGAGUUGAUGGGGGUGCCGAUUCCAGAUGAGCCAGUUCCGAGAAAGAAAAGGGUGGAGGGGGCGGCGCGCGAAAGUAGCGAUGGAACAGGCAGUUGGACGGAUUAUUAUGCGGAAAAAGAAGGAAAAGUGUUGUUGGAACCGUCUGAUCCUUCGACAACAGAAGAUGAGACAACAGAGUCGGUGAUCGGUGGAUCCGAUGAAUCAUCGUCCGGUCCAUCGGGCGGGACAGAAGAUGAAUCAUUAUCCGGUUCAUCGGGUGGGACAGAAGAUGAAUCUGGUGAGAGCGAAAGAAGCGGUUGA